AUGGUCGUCGAAGCGCGUGAUUGCAUCUCGUAUAUGCCAGAUGAGUGCUUGUCUGUCAUUUUCCAAUCGCUGAGCCGUCGGUGGCUCAUGAUCGAAGGUCAGAGCUGCCAUCGCCUCUCGCUCAACGCGCAGGCCGAUCUCCUCCCACUGGUGCCAAUGUUGUUCACUCGCUUCGAUUCUGUCACCAAACUCGCCCUGAAAUGGUAG